CGCUCCUGAGGCGGUGGCGCUUCCUCUGCUGCGCUCAGGAUCUGUGCGUUUCUUGGGCCCUGUCUGCAGGCCUGGGCUGCCUCUGGCGUUCAGCACCGCUUCCCAGUGCCGAUCGAUCGGGUCUGCCAUGGACGACUAUGCGGUUUUGUCCGACACUGAGCUGGCCGCAGUGCUACGCCAGUACAACAUCCCGCAUGGGCCUAUCGUGGGCUCCACUCGCAAGCUCUAUGAAAAGAAAAUCUUCGAGUAUGAGACCCAGAGACGAAGGCUCUCGCCCCCCAACUCGUCAUCGUCUUCAUUCUCCUAUCGACCCUCAGACAUGGAUUCAGCCUCCAUGGACUCAGACAUGUAUGAUCUGCCCAAAAAAGAGGACGCCUUACUCUACCAGAGCAAGGACUAUGAUGAUGACUACUAUGAGGAGAGGUAUUUGAGCACCAGGACAUAUGGGGAGCCCGAGUCUGUGGGCGUGUCCAAGAACUUCCGCCAGCCGGGGAUCUCACUUGGAGACGGUGACACCUUCCAUCACCAGGUGCGCGAUGACAUUUUCUCUUCUUCAGAAGAGGAGGGCAAGGAUAGGCCGCGCCCCGUCUAUGGCCGAGACAGUGCCUACCAGAGCAUUGCACACUUCCGCCCCGUUUCCAGUGUCACCAGGAGCUCCCUGGGCUUGUCGUAUCAUCCUACACCCUCUUCCUCUUCAGUGUCCUCCUCUUCGUCUUCGCCGCCUUCAUGGCUUACCCGGCGUGCCAUUCGACCAGAAAAGCAAGCCCCCAUUGCUGCUCUGGACCAGGAUCGACAGGUCCCACUCUGGGGCCAGCUGUUACUCUUCCUGGUCUUUGCUGCCUUUCUGCUUUUCGUUUACUAUUCCAUACAAGCGGAAGAGGGCAACCCUUUCUGGAUGGAUCCCUGAGGGUCCUGAUUUCAGAGCAGUUCUUAACAUGAGUUUUGGCUGAUUGCCUUAGCAGUGUUUGUUGGGGGUGGGGUGGGGGCUAUUUUGUGUGUUUUAGUUAGGGGGUGCAGGGCCUAGCCUAGGGCAAUGCUUGUCUCCCACCUCAUCCUGCCAAGGAAGCAGCAAAUGUUGGCCUUCCACAUCUCAGUAGGCCCACAUGUGCCUUCCUCUAGCCUGAGGGCUCAUGGAGGGGGCGAGGACCUCACUUCAUUAGAGGAAAGCUUGGUGGUGGUGGUAGUUCUCAUGCAUGCCUGUUUGUUGUCACAUUUUCAGGGGAUAUUAACCAAAGGCCACCUUGGCUUUGUUUUCGUGGACACAAUAAAAAUAACAUGUUUAUUUUUACCUUGUUGGCUU